AAGAGUCACACUUCCCCUCGGUCUAUAGAACAGCUUAUUUAUUUCAAGAAAAGGAGAAACGUUUUAGUCUUCCUGCAGAAGAUAGAAGGACUUGUUCCCGUAUCGCAGGGUGUUUCAGUGUCCACUAUGGCAGUUCUAAUGAAGGCACUGGCGGUUCUGUUGGUGUUGUGUGCGCGUAGGUGUUUUGCUGAUAAAAGGUCAUUUAAAGUCGGAGUAUCUGAGAGUGUUGACCCCGGUCACGUGAUCACAAGUGUUCGUACCUUGUACCUGCAGUGGUGGAAAGGUGACGGACAGUUUCGUAUUACAUCAGGGAACAAGGACGAUCGGUUCACAAUCGGGAAUGAGACUGGUGACGUCAUCGUGAAGAGGUACCUGAACUAUGACAUUGAGCCUCACUAUGAGCUGAGGGUGACCAACGAUAAAGCUGAGAGAAAGAGGGAGAUCAAAAUCAGGAUCUCCGUGGAGGAUGAGCUGGACUACCCUCCCACCUUCAACCCGAACUGUUACAUCCCACCUCGUGUUAGGGACACCACAGAGAUUUGGCCGCUGAUGGGAACACUGCACUCGUUCCUCGGAUACCAGAAUCUGUUUAGCAACCGCAAAAAUGGAUCGAAAUCGGUGAUGGUCCUGGACAACGAUCGCUGUGAUGCUAAGGUGUUUUCGAUCUGUAAGAGUGACUUCUGGGACGACACUAUACCGGAAGGAACCACGCCUUUCUUCAACUUUGAGUGUACAAACGACCAGGAGCCGAGACGGAGCCUACCCACCAUAACGCCAUACUGGAAUGCGUCCUAUGAGCGUCCAGAUGACAGCACGAUCAGCCCACAGUGGUUUGUGGACAAGCCGAAGAAAAAGUUCCUGAGGCACAUCCUGCUGGAAAUCAACGUCGAAAACUUCAUCACCGAAAGUCCAUCUCUGUACAAAUGCACCAUGGAGUUCAAGGCUCCAAAUUUCGGGUUUAAAGCCAGCAUGGGGUUUGGCAUUGAAGCUUUAGGGUGCCCUGCUGGGUUCUUCGGAGGAAACUGCAGUGAGAUCUGUGUGUGCCAAAAUGGCGGCAGCUGUCAUCCAUUUAAUGGCGCCUGUAAGUGCCCGGAUGGAUGGAAGGGCAGGGCCUGUGAUAUCAAGGAUCCAAAGGUUGCCAUGUCUCCGACCUACCAGAACGUCACUUCCGGCCAGACAGCACGGCUCAGCUGUGUGGCUCUGAAUGUCCAUUCCUCCAGCACCUUCGCCUGGGCUCUGAACGGGAAACAGCUGAGUGUAGAAGGUAACAACAUGGUCACAUUACAAGGAUUCAACACACAAUUCAACAGGACAUUUGUGAACGUCACCAUUACCGUGGUGAUCACCAAUCUCGAUAUGUCUGGUGAGUACGCAUGCGCGUACAAAGCCACGGAUGGAAGGGUCUACCGACAGUUUGCAAAGGUUGCCCUGGAAGGAAACUUCAGUCCUCAGUGUGGCAGUUGCUUACCCCUGAAGUCAGUGAGUGGGGAGUCUGUCGCCCUGUACGUCGUCAGCGGCCUUGCCGUACUGUUUCUCCUGGUGCUGAUCACCCAGAGCUACCUGAAGCACAAGCUGGUAGAGAAGGAGAAAGCCAUCACCAUGGUUACCAAAAAUGACCCGGAUGUAAAGAAACCCAUUGCUGAGUUCCCGGAUAUGGUCCGCAGGGCAACCGUUGAAAACGAAUACACCGUGUGAGGGGUUCAUUUAAAGGCAUCCAAUGCGAUUUCAGGGCAGCAAAACU